GCAGCGGUACGGGGUGUGAGGGAGCGCGAGUGCACUGUGUCAGCCAGUACGGCGCGCGGAGUCGACACACCUUCGGCGCAGACGGAGCGCGUUUUCAGGAUAAAGGUGCGCUUUGGGAGCCUCUCUUAGGAAGACAGCGCGCUGGCAGGAUCUCUGGGUAUAAUCUGGUUCCCCACACGCACCAGCCGACUGUGAAGAUAGGGUCAUUUUCUUCUUCGUCUCUGAUGCAUGCAGCCUACCUUCAUGUGUGAAGACCUGGAACCCAAAUCGUACCUGUUCUCCUCUCUGGAGUCGCGGGACCAGGCCACCAGCCGUGGUACCAUGGCGACACUCCAUCGAAUAGGUGGUUUUGCAGAGGGGGCGGAGCUUGGACUGGCCUCCGAGGGUAGUGACAGCAGCAGUCAGGACCCUCCUGCAUCGCCCCACAGUGACCACAAGAGGGCGCAUUCCCUGCACGAGGACGUGGAGAUGAAAAGCAGCGGGUCCAGUGGAAGCGGGACCGAGUCGCACGGCAACGAGUCGCACGGCAACGAGUCGACUGGAAGUUCCCGUGGCAAUAGCAAGGAUUCAGCCAUUUUAGAAUCAUCAGGAAGCAACAAGAGCUCCAACUCCCAUAGUGCCUCUCCACCCACCAGCUCCAAUGCAUUCAGUCUGCUGAGUGCCAGUUCUGAACACGACAACCCCUCCACCAGCGGCUGCAGCAGUGAAGAGUCCGCUAAGGCCAAGACACAGAAGGAGUUGAUCAAAACUCUGAAGGAGCUCCGGCUGCACCUGCCGGCCGAGAAGCGGCCCAAAGGCAGCAGGUCCAACACGCUGCACACGCUCAAAUACGCCCUGCGCUGCGUCCGACAGGUGGAAGCCAAUGAGGAGUACUACCAGCUGCUGAUGAUUAACGACAGCCAGCCAUCAGGCCUAGACGUUUCCUCCUACACCACAGAAGAGAUCGACAGCAUCACCUCCGAAUACACCCUCAAAAAUACGGACAUCUUUGCUGUGGCCGUGUCCCUGAUCACGGGAAAGAUCGUCUACAUCUCUGACCAGGCUGCGUCCAUUCUGAACUGCAAGAGAGAUGUGUUCAAGAAUGCCAAGUUUGUGGAGUUCCUGACGCCACAGGACAUCAGCGUGUUCUAUAGCUUCACUACACCCUAUAGACUGCCUUCCUGGAGCAUGUGCACUGGGGCAGAAUCCUCACCGUCCGACUGCAUGCAGGAGAAAUCCUUCUUCUGCCGUAUCAGCGGGGGGAAGGAGUGUGAUGGAGAUCUGCAGUACUGUCCGUUUCGCAUGACACCCUACCUGAUGAAGGUUCAGGACACCCAGCACACGGAAGACCAGUUCUGCUGCCUCCUGCUGGCUGAGCGGGUGCACUCCGGCUAUGAAGCUCCGAGGAUUCCCACGGACAAACGGAUCUUCACCACCACACACACACCAGGCUGCGUCUUCCAGGACGUCGACGAGAGGGCGGUGCCGUUGCUAGGAUACCUGCCACAGGAUCUUAUUGGUACACCAGUGCUCCUGCACCUGCAUCCAAACGACCGCCCCAUCAUGCUUGGGAUUCACAGGAAGAUCCUGCAGUACGCAGGCCAACCUUUCGACCACUCGUCCAUCCGCUUCUGCGCACGUAACGGGGAGUACAUCACCAUCGACACCAGCUGGUCCAGCUUCGUCAACCCCUGGAGUCGCAAGGUGUCCUUCGUCAUCGGACGACACAAAGUGCGCAUGGGCCCUGUGAAUGAGGAUGUGUUUUCAGCUCCACCCACAGCAGAGGGGAAAUUGAUAGACUCAGACAUCCAGGAAAUCACUGAACAGAUACACAGAUUACUGCUACAGCCUGUCCAUAACAAUGGCUCGAGCGGUUAUGGCAGCCUGGGUAGUAAUGAUCCACUGACGAGCGUGCCAUCGUCCAGCGAGAGCAACAAUAACGGAGGCCAUCCACACGCUGACGACGAGGAGACCAGCAGAGCCAAACCAAGAACGUUUCAGGAGAUCUGUAAAGGUGUACAUAUGCAUAAGAACCAGGAGCAGCUGGUGAAAAAGAGUCCAGGAAAACUGCUCCAGAAGGCAGUCCGUCCCAAAGACUCCGCCCACUCCGUAAACUGCCGCGAGGGCGUGGGAGACCAGCAGGCCCCCGUACAGGAAGAGGUGGCUUUCAGAGACCAGACCAUCCACUCGUACCAGCAGAUCAACUGCUUGGACAGUGUCCUCAGGUAUCUGGAGAGCUGCAAUGUGCCAAGCACUGUGAAGAGGAGGUACCAGUCAUCCUCCAACACCAUGUCCUCUAACUCGGAUGAAGACAAGCACAAGGCUGCUGAGCACUCCCUCCAGGUGGCUGAAGAGUCAGAUCAUCUGAAGCCCCAAGCUGACCUGCCAAAGAAAGCGUCUGCCUCGCGCGUGGUGGGCGCGCCCCUCACCCCCCUGACGCUGUCAUGCAAGGCAGAGAGUGUGGUAUCCAUGACCAGCCAGUGCAGUUACAGCAGUACCAUCGUACAUGUGGGAGACAAGAAGCCCCAGCCGGAGUCUGAGGUCACAGAGGACGCGGUGGAAGGCCUGGCACCAGUCCUUCCUCUUGCAGAGGUUUCUCCUCCCAACCAGGAGAGGGAGGCAUACAAGAAACUGGGCCUGACCAAGCAGGUGCUGGCCGCACACACGCAGAAGGAGGAGCAAGCCUUCCUCAGCCGCUUCCGUGAGCUGGAGGGGCUCCGCGCCUUCAAAGCCGACUGUUCGCACUACUUGGAGAGGAAGAAGAGGCACCUCGGAGCCAACGACAAGCAGAAGGCCUUCUGGGACAUCUCGCAUCGUUUUUCAGCUGGCCCAACUCGUGUUUGUAAGCAAAGGGGUUUGGCGGAACCCACGACCCGCCGAGGAGGCCGCAACAAGAAGACCAAGUCCAAGCGCGUCAGACAGAAUGAGUCGUCUGACAGCACCGUCUCCCACCAGAAGCAGCUGUCCAGGCAGGCGCUGCAGGGCCUGAACCAGACCUCCUGGUCUCCCUCGGACACCUCUCAGUCCACUUUCCCCAUCGCAUAUCCAGCCAUGAUGCCUGCCUACCCGCUCCAGGUGUACCCAGGGACCAGCACCGUGGCCCCCAGGGUGGACGCGUCCCUCUCAGGCUUUGGGGACAACCAGUCCAACCAAGAUCCACGUUGCUCCAUCCAGUCUCUGCAGAACCCCCUCUCUGCCCCUCUCGUCACGCCCAUGGUGGCUCUGGUGUUGCCUAACUACACGUUCCCGCAGAUGGGAGGCAACCCUCGGCAGCCUUUCUACCCGGAGCAGGGGACGUUCACUGCUCAGACGCCCUACUCUCCUCCGGGAACGUUCCAGCCUCCGACGACGUUCCCCGUACAGACUCAGUUCACCACACAGAACCCCUUCACCCAAUCAACACCCUUCCCUGCCCAGUCGUUUCCCUUCACGCUCCCAGAGAACCCGCCAAAGUCCACUGAGCGGGAACUGAGGGAGGGGCCUUCACGGAGCUCCACCCCUCUGUCAGCGGGUGGGCGGGACCAGUCGUCUCCGCCCCUUUUCCAGUCUCGGUGCAGUUCGCCCCUGCAGCUUAACCUGCUGCAGCUGGAGGAGAGCCAGCGCUCUGUCGAGAAACAGGAGAGUGCAGCACCAUCUUCUGGCGCUCAGGGGAACUGCAUCACUGCAGCAGAGAAGGGAGGGAAUGCUAGCACACAGGCCAAGACUGAAAACGAGCAGGAUGAGGGCAGCGCUGGUGAUGAUCAACACGGCGAUGCCCUGUCCUCGUCCAGCGACUUCCUGGACAUCCUCCUGCUCCAAGACUCUUGCUCUGGCAUGGGCUCAGCCACAUCUGGCUCCAUGGGCUCCGCCUCCAACGGCUGCGGGACGUCGGCCAGCGGACGAUCUGCUAGCGGGACCAGGAGCAGUCACACCAGUAAUAACAGCAGUAACUACUUCGGCAGUGUUGACUCCUCUCAGAAGUCCCACAAGGCCCAGGGUCCAGGCGGUGGUGUUCCAAGGCCGAUGGACGUGGCGGGGAGUGAGAGGUUGAUAAAGUAUGUGCUACAGGACCCACUGUGGCUCGUCACAGCCAAUGUGGACGAGGCUAUCAUGAUGACGUACCAGGUGCCAUCCCGUGACAUCCAGCAGGUGUUGCGUGAGGACCGGGAGAAACUGAGACAGAUGCAGAAGACUCAGCCGCGCUUUUCUGAGGAUCAGAAGCAAGAGCUGGCAGAGGUUCAGCCUUGGAUGUGCAGGGGAGGCCUGCCAAGGGCCAUUGACGUCAAGGCGUGCAUUGGUUGUGAGGGUCUUACAGAGACACUGGCAGAAGAGGAACUCCCCGAUCUGCACAUGGGAGAGUCAGAACCCAGCGACAUCGCAACCAAUCCUGAGCAGCUGCAGCAAAGAAUCUGAAAGGCUCUCUCUCUCUCUCUCUCUCUCUCUCUCUCUCUCACACACACACACACACACAUUUCCAUGGCUCAUAUGGUUGGGUAUUUUUGUUUUAGUUUUGGGUAUAGCAGUCGCAGUCUUUAGAGUCUGGAGAUUUCUGAGGGUUUGGAAUGUGUGUGUGUGUGUGUGUGUGUGUGUGUGUGUGUGUGUGUGUGUGUGUGUGUGUGUGUGUGUGUGUGUGUGUGUGUUGGGAGAGAAGUUCAAAGCCUCACUACAUCUCAGAUCUUUUUCAAAACUGUUCUUAGAAAAGUCCCUGUAAUAUAAACUUUAUGAACACACGUUGGUUUUUUUCUUUGUUGACAUGACCAUGUUGUCACUGAAAAGUAUCUUUCCUUUAGUCUAUUUUGUGUUUUUUGUUGUUUUUGCAUGUUUUAUUUAAUGGAUAAUUAGUAACAUUUCCUCUGUCAUUUGCUACUUUUUGUGCUGUAGUACCGUAGCCAGUGAUUUCUUUGGAUUAUCAAGUGUACUGGAAUUAUAACUUGGAUGUCAAGAACAAUUUCUAUUGGAAGAGGUCAUAAAUAUGUAUUUUAUUUUUUUAUAUAUUGAGAAAUGUAGCUUUUUAUCGAAUGAAUAUGGAGAGAUGUAUCCAAACCUAUUUAUUUAUCUGCAGCAGAAGGAGAGAAGUGAGACACAAAAGCUUGCUGAAAUAAAUGUCAAAUUUACCAUCACAAUUUGAGGCCAAAGAAUUAAACUAAGAAUGUUAUUUUACAAUAAAAUGUCCAAACAGGCCUUGUGUAUUUCUUUUUUUGUUGUAUAAACCCAUAACAAAUGAUACAGAGGAUCAUAGGAAGAUCUUUUAGUGGGUAUGUAUUGUAUAGAUCCCUCGAGAAAGGUGUUUAUUGUUGAAGUCCUGCAGUCCUAUUCCAUAAGACAAUCACUGUGGUAUUCAGUUGAAUAUAUUUCACAUCAGCUGUGUAACUCAUAAGAGCAGGUCUAUAGUCCUUUUAAGUUCUGCUUCUCCUUGGCCUGGUGGAUCAGUCAUAUCAGUAACCAAAACAUUUUCUAAGUACUUGAGACAGACCAGAUAAAAGUGUUUCUGCCAAGGAGAUAAUAUAACACACUUUGCAAAUUCAGCAGGGGACAGGUUGCAUUGUAAAGUACAAAAUAUAUGUUAUGGAUAAAUCUGUUGCUGUAUUCUUUAAGGCUAUAAUUAACACUCCAAAUGUUCCUCUGAAAAAGUGUUUAUAGCUCACCGAAUGUUGCACGUCUCGCAUUACGAUUACAUGUUUGUCUGGAAUAAAAAUGCAUUUUAUAAAAGAAA